AUGUUGAAUGGCAUAGGUCAAGGUCAAGGUCAAGGUCAAGGAUACGAUGUCCAGCCUACGGAGCAGCAAAUGGUAAAUUUGAAAAAUACAAUAGUUACCAAUUAUCUACUUGGAGUUACACACCAAGUGAUCAAUUUUACGGUUCAGGAGGUGGCAAAGAUUGCGCUGGGUAAAGCUGACACUAUGAAUCCUAUACAGAAAAAGCUGAUUUUAUCUAGUUUGCAAAGCACGUGUCCGAAUCUACGAUUGUUUACGAGAAUCACCUUGGUAAUAAGCGAUACUUCAAAACUACAAGGGUUGAGUAAAUUACAAAACUCCUUCGAUGUUGUAGCAAUACAGCCAUUGAACGAGAAAGCACUACAAAUGACAAUAUUAAAUAUAGAGUGUGAUUUGAUCAGUUUAGACUUGGCUACGAAACUACCAUUUUUCUUGAAAUUCAAAACUAUUGGAAGUGGAAUUCAAAAGGGAAUAAAAUUUGAAAUCAACUAUUCUCAAAUCGUGAGUGGCACCGGAGGAUUUGUCAAUGAUUCUAUAACUGUAAAUUUAGUAAAGAAAAACUGGUUUAACAAUACGCUACAAUUAAUUAGAAGCUCAAGAUCAAGAGGGUUAGUGGUAUCUAGCGGUGCACAAAAUCCUCUUCAAUUGAGGAAUAGCAAUGACAUUUUGAUUUUGCUUAAAACUUUGGGACUUGACAAUAGUAGAGCCAAAGCUUGUAUUAGUAUGAACCCAGAGAAUGUUUUGGUCAGUGGAAGAUUACGAAUGAAGUCUCAUAAACAAGUAAUAAGUAUCGGUAACGAGGAAUUUGCCGAUAAUAGCAAGGAGGAUGUUGAUAAGAAGAAUAGCGCUAAGGGAUAUAAGAGAAAGUAUAAUGAGACUUCUACUGGUAGAUUGUUAAAGAAGAAAAAAUACAAUUAG